AUGAAUUCAGCGGAGGAAACUGAAUCUCUUACGAACAUGGCCUUAGGAUUUUUAAUGUGGGCGAUUAUGGUAUCGGUUGCCGCAUUCUUGGUAUUACUCAAGAAAUGGUUUCUCAAAAAAUGCUGCGGGGAAGAGCCAUCACCAAAUAACCAGCCAACACAGCAGCCCACUUUGAACCCGGCCUUCUCCCCAGGACAGCUGAGCGUGAUACCACUGAUGGUGAUGCACACACCACCAUCUUCCACCAUCAGUGGUUCACCGUCUAGUACUAGUGUCGCCAUUACGCCAGAGAUUAACCGGGAGGAGGAGGAGGAGGAAGAGGAAGAGCCAGUAGGGCACAUAACCAGACUGUCCUGUGCCCGAAGACUAAACUGGUCUAAAACCAGUGUAGUUUAG